AUGAGCUGCUCAUUCAGCCUCCAUGUUCCCAAAGCUCUACCUCCUCUUCCCUAUUAUAUAUCAUCAUCACCUUCUCUCUUCAUUUCUUCCAAACUCAAACCAUUCCACAGCAACACUACUACUCCUUCCAACCAAUCACUACAUACAGUAAAAUGCUGCAUCCAAAAGCCAAAUGAUCAUGUCAGUCUAAAGAAACCAAAUUUGGCACUGCCCAUAGGAGCAGCACUCUUGGCCUUGGCUGAGCAUCCAGCAGCAUUAGCAGUAACUGGAGCAAAUAAUCAUCCACAAGAACUCUCAUGGAUUUUGAUACAACUUGGGAUUGUGUUAUUUUUCUACUUCCUUACUGCACCACCACUGAUCUUGUUCUGGCUUUGGAAAAGAUGGUACAGAAGAAAGCUUGUUGAAAUGUACUUGCAAUUCAUGUUUGUCUUCAUUUUCUUCCCAGCGUUACUUGUUUGGGUACCUUUUCUAAACUUCAGGAAGUUUCCAAGGGAUCCAGACAUGGAGUAUCCUUGGUCUGUACCUGAAGAUCCUUCAAAAUUAAGAAAUGCAUACUAUAAGUACCCUUUUGCUGAUCCUGAGGAUUAUGACUAG